AUGGCUGGGUUCUUGACCAAAAUUAAGAGUGCCAGCUCGGCCACACCGAACCAGCCAUCCAAAGAAACUCAGGCCAAGAAGAAGGACGAUGUUGUUUUUGAAGUAACCCCCUUGGAAAAGAUGUUGCAAAAUGCAGGUCCGUUGCGUGAGGAUGGAAGCGACAGAUUCUUUGGCUUUGAGAAUCAUCCUAGUUACUGCAACUCUAUUGUCCAAGCCUUAUUCUACUCUGAUCUAUUCAGAAAGAGCGUCAUACACUAUCCUCCCAACACCGCCUCGAACGAGCCGAACGGAGCACGUCCCAGGGUCAAUGUGACCCUCAGGCCUCCCAUGAAUCCGAACCCGCCGACCCAGCAACCAAACAGGAAGAGUCAGACGACGUCGCAGGCUCUUAAGCAACGACAGGCGAUCAAUGUGGGACAGAGUCCCGCUGGGCCGGCUGUGAAGCCCGAGGACAAACCCGACACACCCGAGUACAAGAAGAAGCAGGCCAUGCUGAAAGGUCCCAUAUUAGAGCUGGCGAGCCAGAACGGAGUUGCAUACGGCAUGGACGAGUGUACAUUUACAGGGCUCAAGGAUAUCUUCCUGGCUCUCCUCGAAAGUAAUACGCGAACCGGUGUUCUGAGCCCACAGCGAUUUUUAGAGAUUUUCAAACGCGACAACGAAAUGUUUCGAAACUCCAUGCAUCAGGAUGCGCACGAAUUUUACGGUUUAGUGUUGAACGAUGUUAUUUCCAAUGUGGAGAAGACCGCCCGUAAAUUUCAAGAACUGGAGGAAGCCGGCGGGCAGGAUGGUCUGGCACAGUCGGUGGAAAAUAUAAUUGGUGCUGCCGCGCUCAACCACGCAGCAGCUGUCUAUCAGUCUCCCGCUAUUGGAUGGGUACACGAUAUUUUUGAAGGCGUCCUUACGUCAGAGACGAGGUGUCUAACAUGCGAGACGGCAUCACAACGUGAUGAGACCUUCCUCGACCUGUCUAUUGAUCUGGAGGAACACGCUUCCGUUACGUCGUGCCUGCGGAAGUUCUCGGCCGAGGAAAUGUUGUGUGAGCGAAACAAAUUUCACUGCGACCAUUGCGGCGGCUUGCAGGAAGCCGAAAAGCGCAUGAAGGUCAAGCGUCUGCCCAAGGUUUUAACUCUGCACUUGAAGCGAUUCAAGUACACCGAGGACUAUAGCCGGCUACAAAAGCUCUUCCACCGAGUCGUUUAUCCAUACCACCUCCGCAUGUUCAACACUACGGACGAUGCAGAGGACCCCGACCGACUGUACGAGCUGUACGCUGUCGUCGUCCAUAUCGGUGGUAAUGCGUACCACGGUCACUACGUUUCGAUUAUCAAAACCAAGGACAGAGGAUGGCUUCUUUUUGACGAUGAAAUGGUUGAGCCUGUUGAUAAUCACUUUGUGCGUAACUUUUUCGGAGACAAGCCGGGCAUGGCCACAGCAUAUGUCUUAUUUUAUCAGGAGACUACGUUCGACAAGGUCAGAGAGGAGCAAGAAAAGGAGGGAAAGGAAGAGGUCAAAUUGGCAACAGAGGCGGCGAAUGUGGCCCACGAAGACAGUGACAAGGGGGAUUCCACCCCUUUGAAGAGACAGGUGACACAGCCAGUGCCGGCCAUCCCAGCACAUGAUUCGUUGUCAAGUCUCGCACACGCGAAAACGGCACCGGAUAUGCCCACCCCAGCGCUUCCCCUAGGCGAAAUGCCCAGCCUUCCCGUCGCGGUGGAAGUCGCAGGCUCUGUCCGGACACCAACGGUGAAACAAAACGAGCAGACGAAAGAAGACAAGAAAAGGGAGAAGAAGGAGCGCGAGGCUGCCGAAAAGGCCGCCAAGCAAGCAGAGAAGGAUAAAGAGAAGCAGGCCAAAGCAGCAGCUAAAGAGGAAGAGAAAGUCAGAGAGAGACAGGUUAAAGACGACGAAAGACGGCGGCGUGAAGAGCAAGCACAGAGGAUCCAGGCCCGCAGAACUGAACAGGAAGAAUUGCAAAAGGUAUUGGAUGCCAGCAAGAAGACGGCAGCCCAGGAAGAGGGCACCAGGAAGAAAGAGAAUGGCUCUGCAUCAGCCGCCAUGGGAUUUUUCGACCGGUCUAAGAGGGGCGGUAAAUCCAUGUCGCGGAGGAGCUUCAGCUUCUUCCACAAGGAUAAGGCACACAACGACGGUGCCGCGGUGCACCACGAGAACGGCGAUACGCCGGAGACGACAGAAAAGGCUAGUAAGAGCCGGCUCAGCAUGGGAUUAGGUCGAAAGAAGAGCAGCAAUUUACUGUCGUCAUGA